CCAGUAGGAAGUAAAUCUCUGUUUGCUGAGCCGGUGCAGGCUGUUUGUUUAUUUGACAGUUUUGUCUUAAAAACGCAGCAGAGCAUCAACAUGUUGAAGGCAGUGAUUUUAAUUGGGGGCCCGCAGAAAGGCACACGGUUCCGGCCUUUGUCAUUCGAGGUGCCCAAGCCCUUGUUUCCAGUGGCUGGUGUCCCCAUGCUGCAGCACCACAUUGAAGCCUGUGCUAAGGUACCAAAUCUGAAGGAGAUUUUGCUAAUCGGUUUUUAUCAGCCAAAUGAAGAACUGAACAGAUUCCUGUUUAAUGCACAGCAGGAGUUCAAAAUUUCCAUCAGGUAUUUGCAGGAGUAUGUAGCCCUGGGCACAGGAGGGGGAAUCUAUCACUUUAGAGACCAGAUUGUGGCUGGCAGUCCAGAGGCUUUCUUUGUCCUGAAUGCUGAUGUCUGUUCAGCGUUUCCUCUCGCAGAGAUGCUGAAUUUUCAGAAGGAACAUGGAGAGCCAAACAGCUUUGUUAUCCUUGGGACAACGGCAAACAGGAAGCAGUCCUUGAAUUAUGGCUGUAUUGUGGAAAAGGAGGACACAAAUGAGGUCCUACAUUAUGUAGAAAAGCCAAGCACAUUUGUGAGUGACAUCAUCAACUGUGGCAUAUACCUCUUUAACCCAGAGAUCUUCCAGCACAUCGGAACUGUCUUUCAGAAGAAUCAGCAGGACAUGUUGCUAUAUCCAUAUGAUGGAGAAGACUCGAUCAAUGGCUGGCACCGAGCGGAGGCCAUCGGGCUGGAGCAGGACGUCUUCACCAACCUGGCAGGACAGGGAAAGCUCUACGUUUACAAGACGUCCAGUUUCUGGAGCCAGAUUAAAUCUGCAGGGUCAGCCAUUUAUGCGAGUCGAUUGUACCUGAACCAGUACCACACCACUCACUCUGAGAGACUGGCCACAAACACGGAGAGAGGGCCCAGAAUAAGUGGUAAUGUUUAUAUACAUCCCACGGCCAAUAUUGAUCCCACUGCUACGUUGGGACCCAACGUCUCUAUUGGCACUGGUGUGACGAUCGGUGCUGGAGUCAGAGUCCGAGAGUCCAUCAUCCUCCACGGAGCCAAUCUGCAGGAUCACUGCUGCGUUUUGAACAGCAUUGUUGGAUGGGAAAGUGUCAUUGGCAAGUGGGCCCGAGUGGAAGGAACGCCUAGCGACCCAAACCCCAACGAUCCCUUUGCAAAGAUUGAUAGCGAGACGCUCUUCAGGGAUGGACAACUCACGCCUUCUAUUACUAUUCUUGGUUGUAACGUUACCAUUCCUUCAGAGGUGAUUAUACUGAACUCCAUUGUACUUCCACACAAAGACCUGAACCGCAGCUUCAAGAACCAGAUAAUACUGUGAUUUAUCACCUCGCUUCUCUCCCUGACUGUCACUGAUGAGGAUGCUGUUGGAACUGUCUCACAUCUACUGUAUUCAUGUCAACAUUUGAAUAUCUGGAGCUGUGUUAAACAGCUUUAAAAACAUAGAUUUUCAUACAUUUGUCUUCAAGCCUAAGGAUAAAAAAACAAGGCUAUCCAGGUCAAGGUUUGAAUGUGUCUGUGAAACUCUGGGAGCUGAACAUGUGAAUACAAAUAUAUGUAUAAAUAAAAAUAAUGACAGUCAGAUAAUCAGAUAAGAUAAUAUCUUAUUUAAAUUGCAAUCAAGUGAUGCUUUUUAAAAUAUGCAUAAUGAAUUGGGGUUGGGUUCAGUCAGGCUGGUUAUUACUACUUAUUGCACUUUGAAAAUGAAUAUUUAAACACAACUUUAUAUAAAAAUGCAAACGCUGUAGGCUAUUAGUCCUAAAGACAUGACUGGGUGAUGCAGGUGACGGAGACAGGCAGGGGAAAGUAGAUGAGGGAACUGAAGGUUAUUUGUGUUGUACAAUUCAACAACAAAGUGAUUCAAAGUGCUUUACAGAGACAUUAAAACACCACACAGUAAAAAUAUAAAAAGCAUGAUUUAAAGUUUAAACAAAGAAGCAAUAAAAUAACACAAAAUACAAUUAACAGGAUUCAAACCUGAAGGACUCUAACCCAACAGAAUUAACAGGACUCAAAAAGAAACAUAGAAUAACUAAUGUCUGGGAAAUCAAGACGAUACAUGUGCUAUAUUUCAUUUGUUGGUCUGAUGGAUCAUUAGUGUUUAAACAUUUAGGUUAAUACGGACCAUGAUUAUUCCUAGCACAUGGAAACAAGAUCACUCUUUUUCUCUUUAAUUUUAAAUUCAAAUGCCCCUUGCAACUUUAAUCUUUUGUGUUCAUAUGUAUUAUUGUUUGUAUUCAUUCAGUUAUAAUUCAUGUUUUAUUUGUUUGAAUGAAUCAGUUCUGAUGAAUAAAGAAGUUUCUCAACAAUG